CAGACGUGGCGGCGCUCGGUUUGUGCUAUUGACAGGUCCGGGGUGUGAUGAGAAGUUCCGUCCUGCCCUUCCCGGCUGGUGCCGCCCCUCGGCUGUAUAAGCGGUAUGCAGAGGCCGGGCUGGCUUGACGUUAAGCGGCUGCUUGGAGUGAUGGGCCGCAGGCCGGAGCUGCUGUGUGGGGCCAUAGCUCUGAGCUUCGCCCUCAUCGUGGCUCUCAGGUUUACAUGCAGUCGAGCCAAAGAUGUUGUCAGGCCAGCAAAACCCCCUGUGCACUUCUUCUCUAGCCAUUCUCCAGUGGUUGAUCUCUUCCUUGGGCAGCUUGAUUACGCAGAAUACAUUCGACAAGAUUCUGAGAUAACUAUGUUCUUCCUGUAUGCUCCAUGGUGUGGACAGUCUAUCACUGCAAGGGCAGAAAUAGAACAAGUGGCAAGCAAACUGGCUGACCAGGUGCUUUUUGUAGCUGUCAACUGCUGGUGGCACCAGGGAAAGUGCAAGAAGCAGAAAACUUUCUACUAUUUUCCUGUGAUUAAUCUAUACCAUAAGAACUUUGGUCCUAUUGAGUACAAAGGCCCAAUAACAGCUGCGUACAUUGAGAAGUUUGUUCGGCGAGUGAUGAGUCCGCUUUUGUACAUCCCCUCUCAGGAAAGACUGCAGGAAUUUUUAUCAAAUUACGAGCCUGGUGUCCUGGGCUUCUUUGAGUUUAAUGCCUCACCUCAGCCUCCUGGUUAUUUGACAUAUUUUAAGUCAGCAUUGCAUUCAUUACAGAAAGAUUAUCUGGGAACAAUUCGCUUUGGAGUAAUCACUGACCGAAAAGUUGCAAAAGAAAUCUCACUCAGCAAUCCAGGGAGUAUUUACCUUCACAGAAACCUUAAUUCAUCUUUAGUCUACCCAGAUAAUGAGAUGAACUUCACAGCUACAAAUAUUUGCAAGUGGGCACUAGACAACAGAGAAAACCUCUUUUACUGGCUGCGGCCACAUGGUGGCAAAAGCCUACUGCUGCACAAUGAGCUGAAGAAAGGACCGGCUCUCUUUAUGUUUAUACCAUACAACCCUUUAUCUGAAGAACAGCCCCUCUUGCAUGAGAUCACUGAAGUUGCCCUGGAGUAUAAUAGUUGCACUAAAAGCCUUCCUGUUCAUGAGGACCAUGAUCAAAAAGAUUCAUAUAAAAAGUCUUCAUCAGAUACAACUUUGCAUAAUACUGGCAGCUAUAAAGGUUUUUCCUGUUGUAAUACUGUAGUUCUUCCUCAGUGGCAUUUAAUGUCAAGGAUUCACAAUAUUUGUGAACUGUGUGUCAAUCUAUCUGCCGGUAUCAGGCCAAGUAAAGUCUACAUGCACCAGUGCAACUUUCUUGAUAUUGAAGCUGCUUUAGACUUAUUCUACCUCAAAGAAAAUUCCUUUAUGGGCUUUCUUUCUAAAGUCAGAGAGUGUAGCAACUUCCCAAGGUUCUACAGUCCCUAUAAUUACUAUACUGCUUGUUGUCAGACUUUAAGCAAGGGAUUUAUUGCUUCAAGUAGUUUCCUUAAGAACACUCACAUUAUACCUUCUUCCAAUGGGAAGAACUUCAAAGAAGAUAAUACACAUUUAGUGCCUCAUAUUGAGGAGAAAAUACUUUUAAGUCCUAGCUAUCAUAUCAGCGGUAAUAGUAUUACUGGCCUCAGCUGUAGGACCAACAAGACUUUAAAUCUAUAUCUUCUGGAUUCCAACUUGUCUUGGAUGUAUGCUGAAAGAUUGGGAGCCUCUGGAUCAGCUUCUGGAAAAGAGUUUGCUGCCAUUGUGGAUAUAAAAGAAGAAGUGCACUACAUUCUUGACCAUUGGCAUCCACUCAUUAAACCAAAUCUAGAGGCUUUUAUCCAGAACUACAGCAAAGUUUACAGCCCAUUACAAAGGCAUCUGGUGGGAGACGCUCCUCCCUAUGCAUCCAACGAGCAAUUAAUCACUGAAGUGACAUCAAACACAUUUUAUCCUGUUGUUCUGGAAAGCAAAAAGGAUGUGUUGUUGGUGUAUUAUACGACCUGGUGUGGUUUUUGUGUUGCUUUGAAUCAUAUUUUCAUCCGGCUCUCUCAGCUUCUAGCUACCGAUAGCCUCGUUGUGACAAGGAUUAAUAUUGCUCAUAAUGACCUUCCUUGGCAGUUUAUGGUGGAUCGUGUUCCCACAAUCCUGUUCUUUCCACAAAACAGGAAGGACCGCAGUGUUAAAUACCCAGAAGAUCAGCAAAUCACCCUUCCAAACCUUCUAAAAUUUAUCAUAAAACAUGCUACUCUGCCAUCGACUGCCUCUGAUCCCCCAGCCUCCUGCCCCAAGCACUACCUUCAGUACAAAGAGGAUCACGUGUCCUACUUGGAACGAGGAAUGCAAAGGCUUCGGGCUGAAAUUGAGGUCCUACACAAGGCCCAAGAUCUCUUGCUAAGUCAUAUUUCAGAUGCAAGAAAGAAUACACAGGACCUAAAAGUGCAAAAGGAAAAGCUAGAACAUCAUAACAAAGCACUGGAGCUACACAAAGAGCACUUACAGGUAUUGUACGAACAAAAACAAAAGGAGGUGGGAACCAUGGCUGAUAAACUGAAAGAGCUGGCAGCUGCUUCUGAAAGUCUGCUGGCAGAAAAUGCUGUGCUCAAAUUCCUCAUGGUAUCACUGGAGUCUAAGAGUAAAUCAAAGUCGGAGACAGAAGGGGUCAACAAUGCAGAUACGCACAUCAGUUCUGCCCUGGAAAACAUGGGUCAUUCUGAAGGAAAUCAUGAUACACUUACUGGCACACUGGCAUCAGAACAAAUUAAGGAAAACACAACAGAGUAAAAACAACUUGACGUUUAUUUAUAUACAUUUUAUUAAUAUUGUAAAUAAAGGCCUUUUGCAAGGGGCUUACCAGUCAAA